AUGACAAACGCCCAAAUCUACCAUGCCUUCAAGAGCUACGUCUCGCGCUUGCAUGACGUUCUCAGCCUGCGUCGGAACAAGAAGACCAAGCCUCGCCUGGUGAUUUCCGCUCCGUUUGAUUUCAAGAAGGAGGACAGCAUGUGCAACCUGCCAGGCGUUUCUGGCGAAGAGCUGUACAUGCUACGUGAAAAGGCGGCAGCCAGCAUUGUUGGCUCAGCCUUUACGAACCCAUACGACACCUACUCUGACUCGGCCACCCUAGCCCCGUCGUCGGUUCACGACCUCCACCUGGACCCCGGCAGCCUCAAUCACAGCACCAGCAGCUUUGACAAGGCCUCGUUGCACCACCGGCACCACCGUGUCCUGGCCAAGUCCAUGACGGCGCCCCUGAACAUGUCGUCCGGUGCCACGAUGGCGGCCCCGCGGAUGCCGACGUCGAUCCGCUCGGCGACCUCUUCGCCUACUUCGCCUACCCACCACCAGCACCAGCAUACCUGCUGCCGUCGCUGCAAGAGUGCCGCAACCAAGGAUGCAUUCGGCCAUCAGCGGGUGGGCGGCGGCGUGUCUUUCUAUCCGCCGAUUGUUCUGGCGUCAACGGAGCCGUAUGCCCCCACGGGGCUGUCGUUUCCGUCCACAUCGUCCUCGGCAUCGUCCAUCUCCUCACGGGAGUAG